UCUACACUUAUUUCUACAAUUUCCUUCUCUCCCUCUUCCAAUUCCAAGUGCAGAAGAAUAUUAAUAUACCAAGUCCACUUUAUCUCUUUUCUCGUAGUUUCCUCCCCUUUCUUUAAAAUCCAUAAAAUUCCCACUCCUUCCCUCCCUUGCCAUGAAGAAAAUGGUGUCAUCUUCUUUAAUCUCCCCUCCCAUUUCCUGCUUCAUUUACCAGCUCCUCCUCUACCUUUGAAAACCUUUCUUGUUUUUUUUCAUUAUACUUUACAACCUUUCUUUUUUUUCUUUCUUUCCUGUUUAUGGGGGCUGGGGUUUCUGGGUUUGCUGCAGAUACUCAGAGAGAUUGUCAGUUGACUCCCAGUCUCGGGGAUGUGCCGGAAAGUUGUAUUUCGUCUAUUUUUAUGUACUUGGAUCCCCCAGAGAUCUGUAAACUAGCAAGCUUGAAUCGGGCUUUCUGUGGCGCUUCUUUGGCUGAUUUUGUGUGGGAAACCAAGUUGCCUUCGAAUUAUGGAUAUCUUGUUCACAAGGUGCUCGAUCGAAGUCCCAAGAGUCUGAGCAAGAAAGAGAUUUAUGCAAGAUUGUGCAGACCAAAUCGGUUCGAUGAUGGCACCAAGGAAGUUUGGUUGGACAAGAGGAGUGGGAAGCUCUGCCUAUGCAUUUCGGCCAAGGCCUUGAAGAUAACCGGAAUAGAUGAUCGGAGAUAUUGGAAUCAUAUUCCCACUGAAGAAUCCAGGUUCCAAACAGUUGCAUAUCUUCAACAAAUUUGGUGGUUUGAAGUAGAGGGGGAAUUAGAGUUCGAAUUUCCAUCGGGUUCCUACAGCCUUUUCUUCAGGCUGCAUCUAGGCAAACCCUCAAAGAGAUUUGGCAGACGGGUCUAUAACCUUGAUCAAUUACACGGUUGGGACAUUAAACCUGUCAGGUUUCAUCUAUCAACCUCAACUGGUCAGCAAGCCUCAUCAGAAUGCUGUCUCUGCGAUCCAGGAAACUGGGUCUAUUACCAUGUGGGUGACUUUAUGAUUGAGAAUUCAAGCACCCCAACGAAGAUCAAGUUCUCGAUGAUGCAGAUAGAUUGUACUCAUACAAAAGGAGGUCUAUGUGUAGACUCUGUGUUUAUAUAUCCUAGUGAGUUUAGGGAGAGGUUAAAGUAGUAUAUAGCUUGGUAUUGUGGAUACAUAAAAUGGGGCAAUUCAAGAGAAGAAUGUGGGUUUGUUUUUUGUUGGUCCACGGAUGUAGUUUGCCUAUGAAGAAAUGUUCAUGUGCUUUCAAUACUUUUUUAGUUUCAAAUGUUCAUUGUGUCUUUGCCUUUUGUAAGUUAGUACAGUACAUUUGGUGAGGAAAAUGGUGUUUGGUUUGAUGAAUAAAUUGAAAGAGCAAGUUUCCAUUGUAAUGAGUUUCUUUUAAUAAAAAUGUAAUGAGUUCUGUCUUUCUUCUGGCUCUUGUGCAGAUGCAGAUGCCUUCUAGGGUUGGCCCAAGUGCAUCACUUUGGGCCUAAACAUGGGUUGUAACUACUUACUAGUUGGGACGCUUACUAGUUAGGACGCUUUAGCAUUCUUAUCCAAGGAGAGAGCCUGUUAGGUUAUGGUGUGGAUUGGUUUGGAUGUUUUGAGUGGCUUUAAACUAAAAGGUGAACAUUCGAUUCGAAAAAAGGGUGAAAAUUGAUGAUGGCUCAAAAAAUAUAAUUUGAGGUUUGGG